AUCUAUUGUCACACAAACGAACGCGUGCUUCGGGCAGCCACUCGCGUCACGGAAUAGCGUUUAAUACCGUAAAAGAUAAAAAAAUUAAAAAUAAGAAUAGUUAAACAACAAACUUUAUCCGUAUAAACGUCACAUUAUUUGAUACUAUAAGUGUGAAAUGUCAAAAGGUCAACAACAUUGAACAUUGAGAAUUAUUACUAAAUCACUUUUUAGUUGUUGAACGAAAUAACAAACAGAGUUGCGGAAUCAGAGUAUUAAUUUCGUGUGCAAGUAGCCAUUAUAUUAUUCGAACAAUGAUGAUAGUAUUUAAAAAAGUUGUUGUGAUUUUACUGUUUUCUAUCGAAUUUUCGUGCAGCUCGAUGAUCGACCUGACACAGAAGUGGAUACCGAAUGCUGGUUGGGAAGUGGAUUGUCUGUGGACUCUAGUCGAGAACGACGAACUACAGUCGGUACGCCUCUACAAUAAUGGGCAGCAAUUCUUUAUUUACAGGCCAGAGAUAAACGGCACAUCAAAAAGUGAAUACUACAGGACUAGGGCGUGGGACGUCAGGUGUCGUGAGACCUCCGAAAAAGGUGUGACAGGAGCGUGUGUAGUAUCCGCAGAACUAAUCAAGCCACCUCAGGAUUUCAACUUCACGUGUGAAGUCUCCGGUGAGAGACCUACCUUCAGGAUCGAAACGAAGAGCAUUCUUGUUUCAGCUUCUGUACCGCCUAGCGACGCACACAUCAGCGUUGCGACGAUGGACUCUGAAUCGGGCCGGGUCACCCUCAACUGUACGUCUAGCGGCCUGCCCUCGCCCACUCUUAUCUGGACCAUAGGAGCACAGAGGGUCCCUCCAGAUUUCUCGAGCAGCGCAUGGAACUAUACAACCAAGGUGUACGACGCGUGGUCCGCGGUGUCAUACUCGUGGGCGGACGCGGGUCUGCCGGCCACGUGCACGCCGGAGACGCACCGCCGCGGCCGCACCACCCCCGCCGCGCCCGCACAGUACAGCGGGGCCCGCGGAGGCGCAGGGGAGCGGGACCUAGUGGCGCUGGUGUUGGCGGUGGCGGCGCUGCUGUGAGCUGCGCGACUCAACGGCCGACUACUUAAUGAAACUACAAUUAGUUUACUCAAGUUUUAUUUUCAUUUCGUUUAACGAAUAAAUAAUUUCAAGCUGGA